CCGCUGCAGGCGGGAGCGGGCAGAGAGCGCGCUGCAGGCAGGGAGGAGUGGGCAGAGGGGAGGCAGCAAGCCAGGAGAGAGCCGAGCGAGCGGCCACGCUCCCACACCUAGCAGGAUGGAAGACACGAACGGGCUGCUGACGGUGACCGCCGAGAGGCUGGACGCCUGGAUCAUGGAUGUCCUGCAGCCCAGCACAGAAUUCAGCGACCAGGUGAAGUGGACAACGAAUCAAAUCUGUGAAUUCCUGAAGAAGGACUGCUUCCUGAAGGAGACCAACAUCCAUGUCAACAAGACCGUCAAGGGCGGCUCAUCAGGCAAGGGCACAGCCCUGCGGAACAACUCCGAUGCCGAUGUGGUGCUCUUCCUCAGCUGCUUCUCCAGCUACCAGCAGCAGAAGCAGAAUAGAACGGGUAUCCUGGAUUUGAUCAAGAGGAGGCUGGAUGACUGCAGGCAGAGCCUGAUGUUCACCGUGUACAUCACUGAGCCCCGGUACAAGGGUCCCGGCAAUAUGCCGCGCUCCAUCAGCCUCACCCUCCGCUCCAAGGUGAACUCGGAGUCCACCGACGUGGACAUCCUGCCUGCCUACGACGCCUUGGGACAGGUAAGACGGGACGACUGGCUGAACCCGAGCUUGUACGAGGCAGCCUACGUGGAGCUUCUGAGAGCCAAAGGCAGCGCCGGGGAGUUCUCCCCCUGCUUCACUGAGCUGCAGAAGAAGUUUGUGAAGCGUUAUCCUGCCAAGCUGAAAAGCCUCCUGCGCCUGGUCAAGCACUGGUACAAGGAGAGGGUGAAGCCACAGUACCACACCAAGGACCUGCCUCCCAAGUAUGCUCUGGAGCUGCUGACCAUCUACGCCUGGGAGCAGGGCACAGGCUCCAAUGAAUCCUUCAAAAUGGCUGAGGGCUUCCGUACGGUGCUGGAGCUGCUCUGCCGACCCCAGGAGAUCUGCAUCUACUGGGAGGCGUACUACUUGCUCCAGCACAGAGAGAUCGGCGCCCAUGUGAAGAGCCUGCUGCGCCAACCCUGCCCCAUCAUCCUGGACCCCGCCGACCCCACAGGGAUCCUGGGACAAGGCAAUAGAUGGGACCUGGUGGCACAGGAAGCUGCCCGUGACCGUUUGCUGCCCUGUGUCAGCACUGCCAAGCCUUGGGCCGUGCAGCCGGCCAAGCCCGUGACGAUUGAGGUGAAGCAGCUGUCGGGCACCAGCCUGACAAAGACCGUCAGCCCGGGCACCACCAUCAAUGAGCUGAAGGAGAUGAUCAAUCAGAAGUGGGGCAUCCCCUGGUACAUGCAGCGCCUGGCGCAGCAGGAGUCGGGAAUGAGCAGCCUCAUCCUGCAGAAUGGCAAUACCUUGGCCACCUACGGCAUCUUCUACAGCACCACGCUGUUGCUGCUGCAGACUGAGCCCCAGACGAUGGAGGUCUUAGUGAAGGACGACAAGAACCGGAGCACCACCUACACGGUGUGUCCCACCGACACUGUCCGGCAGCUAAAGGAGCAGAUCCACAGGCGGAAUGGGCCUCACCCCGACCAGCUGUACCUGACGUAUGAGUCCAGGCCUCUGGAGGACCGGCACACGCUGGCACACUACAACAUCCAGCCCAUGAGCACCAUCUUCAUGCUCCUGCGGCUCCGGGGGGGCACAGGUCCCUGACACCCCCAGUUCCCUGCCUGCUUGCCCUCCUGAGCAUCACCCCCCUGGCACCAGCAGAUGCUACUGUACCCCGAAGCCAUGUGUGCUGGAAAUAAAAGCUUUAGUAGAUCCUUGUGCUG